GUUUCUGGAUAAUGAAUUAUAAUGAUCUGGUGUAUAUUGUUUCUGGAUAAUGAAUUAUAAUGAUCUGGUGUAUAUUGUUUCUGGAUAAUGAAUUAUAAUGAUCUGGUGUAUAUUGUUUCUGGAUAAUGAAUUAUAUUGAUCUGGUGUAUAUUGUUUCUGGAUAAUGAAUUAUGAUUAUCUGGUGUAUAUUGUUUCUGGAUAAUGAAUUAUGAUUAUCUGGUAUAUAUUGUUUAUGGAUAAUGAAUUAUAAUAAUCUGGUGUAUAUUGUUUCUGGAUAAUGAAUUAUAAUGAUCUGGUGUAUAUUGUUUCUGGAUAAUGAAUUAUAAUGAUCUGGUGUAUAUUGUUUCUGGAUAAUGAAUUAUAAUGAUCUGGUGUAUAUUGUUUCUGGAUAAGGAAUUAUAAUGAUCUGGUGUAUAUUGUUUCUGGAUAAGGAAUUAUAAUGAUCUGGUGUAUAUUGUUUCUGGAUAAUGAAUUAUAGUGAUCUGGUGUAUAUUGUUUCUGGAUAAUGAAUUAUAAUUAUCUGGUGUAUAUUGUUUCUGGAUAAUGAAUUAUAAUGAUCUGGUGUAUAUUGUUUCUGGAUAAUGAAUUAUAAUUAUCUGGUGUAUAUUGUUUCUGGAUAAUGAAUUAUGAUUAUCUGGUGUAUAUUGUUUCUGGAUAAUGAAUUAUAAUGAUCUGGUGUAUAUUGUUUCUGGAUAAGGAAUUAUAAUGAUCUGGUGUAUAUUGUUUCUGGAUAAUGAAUUAUAAUGGUCUGGUGUAUAUUGUUUCUGGAUAAUGAAAUAUAAUGAUCUGGUGUAUAUUGUUUCCGGAUAAUGAAUUAUAAUGAUCUGGUGUAUAUUGUUUCUGGAUAAGGAAUUAUAAUGAUCUGGUGUAUAUUGUUUCUGGAUAAUGAAUUAUAAUGAUCUGGUGUUUAUUGUUUCUGGAUAAGGAAUUACAAUGAUCUGGUGUAUAUUGUUUCUGGAUAAGGAAUUAUAAUGAUCUGGUGUAUAUUGUUUCUGGAUAAUGAAUUAUAAUGAUCUGGUGUAUAUUGUUUCUGGAUAAUGAAUUAUAAUGAUCUGGUGUAUAUUGUUUCUGGAUAAUGAAUUAUAAUGAUCUGGUGUUUAUUGUUUCUGGAUAAGGAAUUACAAUGAUCUGGUGUAUAUUGUUUCUGGAUAAGGAAUUAUAAUGAUCUGGUGUAUAUUGUUUCUGGAUAAUGAAUUAUAAUGAUCUGGUGUAUAUUGUUUCUGGAUAAUGAAUUAUAAUGAUCUGGUGUAUAUUGUUUCUGGAUAAUGAAUUAUAAUAAUCUGGUGUAUAUUGUUUAUGGAUAAGGAAUUAUAAUGAUCUGGUGUAUAUUGUUUCCGGAUAAUGAAUUAUAAUGAUCUGGUAUAUAUUGUUUAUGGAUAAUGAAUUAUAAUGAUCUGGUAUAUAUUGUUUCUGGAUAAGGAAUUAUAAUGAUCUGGUGUAUAUUGUUUCUGGAUAAUGAAUUAUAAUGAUCUGGUAUAUAUUGUUUCUGGAUAAGGAAUUAUAAUGAUCUGGUGUAUAUUGUUUCUGGAUAAUGAAUUAUAAUGAUCUGGUGUAUAUUGUUUCUGGAUAAUGAAUUAUAAUAAUCUGGUGUAUAUUGUUUCUGGAUAAUGAAUUAUAAUGAUCUGGUGUAUAUUGUUUCCGGAUAAUGAAUUAUAAUGAUCUGGUAUAUAUUGUUUCUGGAUAAUGAAUUAUAUUAAUCUGGUGUAUAUUGUUUAUGGAUAAUGAAUUAUAAUAAUCCGGUGUAUAUUGUUUCUGGAUAAUGAAUUAUAAUGAUCUCGUGUAUGUUGUUUUUCGAUAAGGAUUUACAUAUCUAUCAUUUCAUGUCACAAUGUAAGGAAGACAACUAUGUACUCAUUGUGAGGAAGAGGACACUGCGACAGACUGUACAAACUAUGUGUGGUGUGCCAGAGACCAGAAAUGUAUGACAUCUAGUUACAUGACAAUCGAUGGUCGCAUGAAGUAUUAUACUGGAUGUGCGACUACAAAGGCAUGUGAUGACCUGGAGCAACAAGGAACCAUCAUACCCUUGACUGACCUACUUCCGGCCCCGGCCAGUUUAUUGGACCAGAACUGUUGUGACGGCCAGGGCUGUAAUGGCAUCCGAAACGCCCCGAAUGGUCGGUUUAUGUGUAUGACAUGUUUGGACAUCCAGGACCCAUCAAACUGUGACAGAGCAGUCUUGUGUGGCGAACAUCAAGAAUGUCUGUAUCACGAACAUUUACAAUUCAAUGACAAGUACCAGACGAUUUACAAAUACGAGCUAAAGUGUCAAGAUAGAAACAUAUGUCCUGUUCAGACUGGUUCCUGUCAUCACUCCUCCGGAUCAUCAGGGUGUACCGGGGAUUACGGCUGUUGUACAGGCGACUUUUGUAAUUUGCUUCAUGCCAUGUACAAGAGAAAUUUGACGUCUUCGAUAAUUACUGCGGGUAAUGUUCAUUUCCAAACUCCAGGAACACAGGCACCACCUACAACAACUACUGCCACGAGUGCACAGCCUACUGCUGGCAUUAGUCCACCACCUACAACUACUAGCAUAAGUACACAAUGUUACACGGGAGCCGGCUUAGGGCAAGUACAACUGUGUACAGGAAAAACCCCUUAUUGUCUUACAAACCUCACCAACUACAACAAUGGCUAUCGCGAAGUGUUCAAGGGAUGUGCGAAUGAGGACGACUGUUACCGACUGCCACACAGAGCGAUUUCCUUGUCGAGUCACUGUGACCUAUUUAACCAGGAUGUUAUUUACGAAAAACAAUUCUCCUGUUCUUAUUGCUGCAACAAGGACCUUUGUAAUGGACGUAUUGUACCCCCACCGGAAACUGUUUUCAUUCCGAACACAGCUAGUCAUCCAAUUGUGGUUCGAAAUGAACUGAAUGACGUCAGUAUGGACGACUGUAGAGAUGUCAUGAGUGUAAACCAAUGUCUCGUAUUUCCCUGUGACAACGAACACCUUGCAAGGAUAUACUGCAGAAACCACUGUAAACUUUGUUAGUUGCUAUGAUAUGCAACUCUUUGAGUAAAUAAAUCAUAUUCGGCUCAA